GGAUUCUAAACCUCGGAAGUUUCCUAGAUCCCGGCGGAACUAACCAGUCAAAGGAUUGUCCGACAUCACGCGGCUCUGCUAUCUGAUCAACAAGACAAUAUCACUUUCAAGAGCGGCAAGGUCACCGGCCGCUGGAACUAUUUGAGCACACACGAAUUCAUGUUCCCAGUAAUUUAUUUCUGAACGUCUCCUAGGUCACCUCCCGUCGGCUCCUCUUGAUCCACUCUCAUUCGUGUAUAUUUAGUAUCCGUUCCCAUAAUGGCCAGUAAUCAGUCCAACACGCCCCCGCCCACUCUACAGAGGGGGAAAGCAUGCUUGCGUUGCAGAAAACGGAAGAUGAGAUGUGACGGGAGCAAGCCAGCCUGUCAACAAUGUGUUCGUGCAAAGCAACAUGACGCCUGUCAGUACGAUGACGGAAAGGGAAAGACAAGAACUCAACUUCUUCGUGAACACAUCGAGCGUUUAGAACAGCGUAUACGAGAACUCGAGGAUCCGGAAUACACCUCCCCAUCCGUAACUCUACAUGAUCCGCACCGUCAUGGUCGCUCUGAAAGCUCUUCGUCUUCCCUUACUAGCUCGCCAGCAAGCACAGGCUUUUCACUUUCCGUCUCUUCCUUUCCUCCUUCCGUAAAUAAUUCACCUCAAAGCUCCUGGAUACAGGGCAUCCCCUCACCUUCGCCCACGCCAUUUACGGAUAUCUACCAUGAGGAGCCACAGCCCACAAUAGAGCUCGCGCAGACCCUCGUAGACAUAUUUUCUACUCAUUGUCGUCAGUCCCUCCUGGGUCUGCAUAUGGGUCGACUACGAGAAUCGUUCACUCGACCUGUCAUGGAGCAGCAUCACCCUGUCCUCACUAAUGCCAUAUUUUUAUGGGCAUGCUACAUCUCCAGGCCAGGUCCUCUUAGCACGCAUGAGUCUCAUUACUUGAGUCGAACCCUCGACUCCCUUAGCGAUGCCCUCCAGUACCCAAACAGGUUGCUCGAUGUCAUCCAGGCAUCAUGUCUACUAUCCGUUUACUUCCUCUCGAAUGGAAGGGCACUGGAAGGCAGUUACCAUGCCAACGCUGCUGCAUCACUGGCUAUUCAAUGCGGCCUUCACGGGGCGAUGACCAAUCGAUCAUCAUUUGAGACCACAGCCUCCAUUUCACCCUUCAAACUUGACCCCCCAAAAGACGCUAUCGAACAGGGCGAGCGGAUAUUGACAUUUUGGCAGGUAUUUGUCCUGGAUCGGUGCUGGUCGGUGGUACUUCACAAACCAGUGACCAUUCCACAUGGUUCAGAUGGAUACGCGUCCAUCAUCAUGCCGUGGCCGCAAGAUAUGGAAGAAUAUGCAGCAGGUCAGAUCGAUGAUUUGCACAGCUUCCAUACUGUUCGGAGCUUCUUUGAACGUCAGGUCACAAACGUCCGCGGAGGGUUCUCCCCACUAGCCCUCCGUGUCAAAGCAUCCGCUCUAUUCGAACGUGCGCAUCACCUCGCUUCAACCUGGGACCAGCAUUUAGCGAUGUCGAGCGCGUUUACCGAUGACUUUCAAACGUUAGAACACACGAUCGCGCGCUUUAUACCGACCCUUAUUCCAGUGCAUCAACUUGAUGCCACGUCGCCUGACGAGAAACAUGCCUACAUUGCAACCCACACCCUGGCUCACGCCGCGAUGAUACAUAUGUAUUACCCAUUCGGCGCUGAAGAUCCUGUCUCGUAUGACAAAUGCCUACGAGCUGCGCGAUGUUGUGUAUCUAUCAUCAAGCAUAUCGCUGACUCAGAUUACGAGUUCCUCGAUCCCAUUAUCGGCCCUUGUUGGACGUGCGCUGUGGACACGUUGAUUCGAGAACUCAAUGUCAUUGAGUCUUCGUGGCCACUCGUCAGCAGCUCGGAUAUCCGUAAUGAAAUUGGGACCCUGCUUUACGCCAUGAACAACCUCAGCGCGCGCUUCCCCCUGCUGGGAUAUUCAGUGGCCAAGGUACAAAAGCGACUAUCUGGACUAUAGCCCAUUUAGGGACGGCGAAUAUGCUUGACGACAGCGAUAUGCGUUGCACACACUUUGGAAACCCAGAAAAAAAACUUAAUUUCCGACCCGCGGACUCUUGGCCCCUAUGACUCGGACACGCUAGUAUAUUGACAUUGACGCUUUCCCCGCCUGGACUUUGACUUGUUUCAAUUUUGCCUGGACUUCUGGUCUCUUACGGACAGCACUUUGUUGCACUCUUUAUGUGAUGCUCACGCUCGCUACGACCCCUCACGCACUUUUUCGGACUGAUAGUACUCGUCGGACUGUUGUGAUAUAGCCUGGACUUUUGUUUAAUAUUCUCCACGGACAGCAACGCGGACACUAGACCUUACGGACUCGAAACUCACAUUUACCCCACGAAGCUGGACAUUCCUCAUUCGUAUUUCCCGUCACGAACGAAUCGUAAUUGUUACUCUAGUUGAUAUAUUUUUAUGUCGUGCCAUAUCUCUUUUUUUUUUUUUUGCUUUGUUUUGUGUUUU